AUGCCUGCCCGUACCUCAUCCGGGCUGCUCGACCUCAUCACCGUCUUUGACAACGUACCUCUCGACUUCGACCUCAACCAUGACCCCUACUACACCCUCAUCCUCGCCCCAGACAGCCGAGUCCACGGCUACAUCCACCCAACCACAAUCUCCCGCAUGCCCUGGCCAGCAUCCUUCUCCAUCAGCCACACCACCCGCCAAGUCACCCUCUCCCCUCCUCCCUCCACCACUUCCGCCUCCAAUCACGCCAACACCGCCUUCCAGCAAGCCGUAGACGCCGCCAUCGACGGCAACAUCUUCCCCACGCUCAACGGCCUCCACAGCGAAUACUUCCUCGUCCCCGGCGCCCGGCACUUUGUCCAGAUCGAGCGCUUCGCCGCCUCCCUCUUCGGCAUCGCCACCCGCGGCGCCCAUCUCACAGCCUACACAACCACCGCCGACGGCGAGCUCCGCAUCUGGGUCGCCAGGAGAAGCAAGACGCUUCACACCUACCCGGGCAUGCUGGACAGCACCGUCGCCGGCGGCGUCAAGGCCAGCGACUCCCCGCUCGACUGCAUCCUCGCCGAGUCCAUGGAAGAAGCUUCACUGCCACCAUCCCUCGUUGCGCCUCGCGUGCGCGCCACGGGAGUGAUUACGAUGAUGAACCGCAAUCCACGCACAGAACUGGUCCACUCGGAGAUUCUGUAUACCUACGACUUGGAAUUAUCCGGCCAGGGAGAUCAAGUGCCGCGCCUAGGCGACGACGGCGAGGUCGAGGACUUUGUGCUAAUGAGCUGCGAGGAAGUCACAAAGCGAAUGCUGGCGGGCGAGUUCAAGACGAAUGUCUGCGCAGUCAUGAUCGAUUUUCUGAUUCGCCAUGGCAAGAUCACGCCUGAGAAUGAAUCGGAUUACGUGGAGAUUUGCACGAGGCUGCAGAGGAGGCUGCCGGUGCCUACGAGGGCCGAUGUAUAA